AUGGGUAGCUCACUAGGCACGUUGGGCAGCACUAGCAGCAAGCUGGGCUUAACGGUCAUCUAUGCAUGUGGCGAGUUGGGCGCUGGACUUGGCCUGGGUGACGCCUACGUUGGGCUUGGCCUGGGUGACACUAGACAGUUAGGCACUGACUUGGGUGAUGACAGACAGAUAAGCACUAGCCUAGGCGAUGCCACACAUUAUGGAUCUAUGAUUGUAGGGGCCCAACUAGGCGACGAAGUUUCCCCUUGCGAGAUUCAAGACGGCGCCACUGCUUGCAAUUAUCAAGAUAGCACUAAUUUUCAUGACAAGGCCUUGGAUGGCGUCUGGGGAUGCGAGACUCGACUGGGCAACGUGGUCAGCGAGCCAGGUGGUCAAGGGGACGCCCUGAGCUUUGCUAGAAGGUGGGAGUGA